AUGAAACCACAAAGAAGUACAUUUAAAUCCAGUAAGCCGGCGAAAAAUGGAGGCAGUAGUAGCAACUAUAAAAAACAUAAGGUUCGCAAAUUGCCUUCGAGUUUAUAUGACCAAGACGAAUAUGAGGACGAUGGUGUUUCUGGGAUCGAGUUUGGGACUCUGGCCAAGGCUCAGCACGAGAUGGAGAGCAAGUAUGGAAAUGAUGAAGAUUCUGAUGACGAAGCACCUUCUGAAGAUGGAGUUAGUGGAAAUGGUGAUGAUGAUGAUGAUGAUAAUGAAGAUGGACGCAAGAAAUGGAAGCCACAGGGGAAAGAUCCCAAACAUAAACGUGCCAACAAGCAUGCGCCUUCAGAAACAUCAGUACGCAAACGAGUGAGUGUUGUGCGAGACAUUCCAGGGCUUGAUCCAGUUCGGAAAGGAGCAGGAGAAAGUGAAGAUAUCCGGUUUGAUACGGCAUUAGGGCGAGCAGAUUUGACUAUUGCGCGUAAGAAUUAUGCAUUUUUGGACAAGUAUCGUGAGGAUGAGGUAGCAGCUCUUAAGGAAGCAUUACGAGAAGCUGAGGCAGCAGAACGGGCUAAUGCAAAGCAUGAAGCGGACGGUGAGGAUGAUGAGGAUUACGUGAGAUUACCUACGUUGAGAGAACGUGAGAAGCGGGAGUUGAAGCGUAAGAUUCAGUCACUAGAAGGUACAUUACGAACAAUGAAAGCUCGAGACUUUGAGACAUCUGUGGUAAGCAAGUAUAAGAAUGAAGUAAAGAGCGGUGCUAGACAGGGGCCUCUGCAUUUGAAACGAUCAGAUACAAGGAAGCUUGUUCUUGCGGAGAAGUAUAAGGUGAUGAAGAAGAAGGAUAUUGAUAGGGCGGUGGAACGGAAACGUAAGCGCAACACUGCUCGGGAACGCAAGCUUAUGCCAGAAGUGCGGCGUGGAUAG